AUGAUCUUUGGGAAGCUAUUAUAUGCAGACGACCUAAAAAUAUUCAGGGUAAUCAAGUCAAUACUGGAUUGUACUGCGCUACAAACGGAUCUCAACAUCACUUCGCAAUGGUGCUCCGAUAAUGGUAUGCAAAUUAACAUCACUAAAUGCAAGGUAAUCACGUUCAAUCGUGGUAUGUCGCCGAUCAAUCACGUCUACUCAAUUAACACAACUCCUCCAGAAUGUGUUCAGUCCAUCCGCGAUCUGGGCGUUGUCAGUGACUCCAAGCUGACCAUAACAGUCAAAGCGUUUUCUGUUCUCGGAUUCAUCCGCCGAAACGCAUCGCAGUUUACCGACAUCUAUGCCCUGAAAGCGCUCUUCUGUACGUUAGUGCGCAGUACUCUGGAAUAUGCCUCGCCGAUCUGGUCACCGCAUCACGUUGCUCAAGUGAUCCACAUUGAACGUGUAUAG